CUCCUGACGCAAUCGAGCCGCUGCUGCUUGCUCCUUCUAUUGCCUGGUCGUCUCUCGCCAAGGCUUCUUUGUUCUCGUGUCACUCGUGUUCAAGGCUCAUUCCAAGCUUCAUUCACUUUCUCUUCCUCCUCGUCUACAGUGCUCGUCCACUCCUCUCGGCUCCUCCUCCUUCUUGAUCGCCAUAGUCGCCCCGCCUUUGUCGCCCAGGAUCAGAGCGACACAUCUGACGGCUUCCUCGACCGCCGGGCUAGCGGUUCACGUCGAGUAAACCAUGGCGGAACAACAUCCUGCCACAGAAUUCUCCCCACAGGCACAUUACUCGGGCAAGAACAAGGUCCCCACUGUCGCCCAAUUUAUUCAGAGCUUGGACAAAGACAAAGCCGCUCGCGAUGCCGCCAUCGACAAACAAACCUCACAACCUGGAAAUCAGACGACCAGCGAUGCCGUGCCACAUGUCAACGAGGUCUCCGCUGGGAAGGGACAAAAAACGGUGACAGAUCCCACCACAGGCCGCCAGGUGGUGAUCGAGGACCUGUCCAAGGAGCACAUGAAAUUUGCGACAAACCCCAUCCUAAACGUGCCCAACGCCAACCUUGGCAAGGACACGCCCGUCAAGACUGAUGCCAGCCAGACCAACCCCGAGUAUCGAGAGAAGCAGGACAUCACAGCGCCGCCGGACCCAAUUGCCGAGGGUGCCACGAGCGACGUGCCCAUUCACGGCGAAAAGACCAACAUCCUCUUCCAUCCGACACCUUCUGUUAGCUAUGAGCCGACAUUCAAGCGGCUGGAAGAGAGGGGGUUCUAUCUGAUCACGGGCGUCUUCUUCGCCAUUGUGAUCUUGGGCCGCGUGUUCGGUGGAAAAUACAUUGGCAUGAUCCCACUGGCGGCAUGUGUCUCCAGCGGCAUCUGGCUUUGGAUCAAGGAGCUCGUACGCUCCGGCCGCGAGGUCGAGUGGUCGGCCGAGAAAGAGCGUGGCGAGACAGCCACGGCCAACCUCCUGCCCGAGUCGGUGGAGUGGAUGAACACCAUGUUGGGCAUCGUCUGGGGUUUAAUCAAUCCCGAUAUGUUCCAGGCGGUCGCCGAUACCCUUGAAGACGUCAUGCAGGCCUCCGUCCCAGGAGUGAUUGAAAACGUGCGUGUGGCUGAGAUCGAUCAGGGCAGCAACCCGAUCCGCAUUUUGAGCAUGAGAGCCUUGCCGGACUCUCACAUGCGGGAAAUGAAACAGGCAAUUCACGAGGAGAACAAGAAAACCAAAGAUCCCCAAGAGGCUGCCGCCGACGAGGAGGGUGGCGACUACUACAACCUCGAGAUCAGCUUUGCGUACCAUGCGGCACCAACGGGCUCCCGCGCCAGUGACAAGGCCCGUAACAUGCACAUGCAACUUGUCUUCUAUCUAGGGAUCAAGGGCCUAUUCGGUGUUCCGCUUCCGAUCUUUGUCGAGCUCCAAGGCCUCGUGGGGACCGUCCGCUUGCGGAUGGCCAUGACCCCGGAGCCACCGUUCCUGAAGACGUUGACCUUCACAUUGAUGGGUGUUCCUCACGUGUCAGCUGGCUGUAUUCCUAUGAUCGAGAAAGGGCCUAACAUCCUCAACCUCCCUUUGAUCAGCCAGUUUGUCAACUACGCUAUCGGGGCCGCGGCCUCGAUGUAUGUUGCGCCCAAGAGCAUGUCCAUCGACAUGCGUGCCAUCCUGCAGGGCGACGACAUCACCAAGGAAACCCAGGCCCUCGGGGUGUUGUGGAUUCGCAUCCACCGAGCCGUCGGCUUGAGCAGACAGGACCGCCGGGGGUCUAAAUGGGGCGGUAGUGACCCCUAUAUUACCCUCACCUUCAGCAAGUACGGCAAACCCAUGUAUUGUACGCGUGUAAUUACCGACGACCUCAAUCCGAUCUGGGAGGAGACGACAGCGCUGCUCGUGACUCCGGAAUUGAUCAAAGCCGAUGAAAAUCUGAGCGUCGAGUUGUGGGACAGCGAUCGUCACUCGGCGGAUGACAUUGUGGGCAAAGUGGAACUCAGCAUGCAAAAGAUGAUCCAACAUCCGGGGAAGAUGUACCCUCAGGUGUCCCAACUCUCGGGCAUGGACGAAGGCUCGGAGAUGCCGGGCGAAUUGCGUUGGGAGGUCGGAUACUUUGGCAAGCCAAGCUUCCGUGAGGCUCUCCGUACCGAUGGAAAGAAUUCCACUCUUCCCAAAAACCUUCAAGACCACCCGCAGCUUCAGGAUGAGAAGGGCGUGACCAACACGGCCACGGACGAUGCGGUGAAGCAUACUCCCCCGGAUCCAUUGUGGCCUAGUGGUAUAUGCUCUAUCGUUGUUCACCAGAUUGUCAAUUUGGAGCUGGAAAACAUCAAGGGGACCCAAGGAAGUCGAAAGGGUCGCGAAUUCGAGCCUGCCAAACCUUAUGGUGACACUGCCGAGGAGUCUUCAGGCAAUCUACCGACAUCCUAUUGCACAAUUCUUUUCAACGACGAGCUCGUGUAUCGGACGAGAAGCAAAGCGGUCAGUAGUCAUCCAAUUUUCAAUGCCGGAACCGAGCGCUUCGUGCGCGACUGGCGCAGCGCCAUCAUCACCGUCACUGUCCGCGAUCAACGCAACCGGCAGAGCGACCCCAUUUUGGGCGUUGUGCCGCUCAAGUUGUCCGACAUCCUGGACACAAGUAGCCAGGUUACUCGAUGGUAUCCUCUGGACGGUGGCGUCGGCUUUGGACGUAUUCGCAUCUCGCUCUUGUUCCGAUCAGUCGAGACACGCCUCCCGCCUGCCCAGCUGGGAUGGGACGUGGGAACGUUCAUGUUCACCUCCGACAAGCUCAUUGCCAAGGACUAUAACCACCAUGCUAAGAUCAAGUUGAGGACGGGCGGCUCGACAGGUAAAAUCUCCCGAUCCGUCUGUCACUCGAUCAAGGACGGGAAUGCGGAGACGCCUACGUCUGGAUUCUCCUGGGAUCUCACCAACAAAGAGCAUAAGCACGUCAAGCUACCCGUUAAGUAUCGCUACCGGUCGCCAGUCGUCAUGGAAUUUCACAUUGCUCAACAGCGCAAAGCGGACGCAUAUGCCGUCCUGUGGCUUCAUGAGCUUCACGACAAUGAAGAGACCGACUUUGAUGUCCCCAUCUACAGAACUGCAGCUCCGGCACGCUUGACUCAGAACUUUUUCACGCCUGAGAUGAUCGCCGGUGAGCAACUACCCGGUCUCGAGGACCUCAAAGAGGUCGGACGCUUGCAAUUCAGGGCCAUGUUCAAGGCGGGCAUGGACGAGAGCCACGAGUCCUUCGUCGUCGACAACGACUCGCGGGAAACAUUCGAGACCUGGGAGGCCUGCCUUGCUGAAGGCGUCCGUACUCACAUCGUGGAGAAGGAGCUACCUGAGCACAUCAGCACGAUGCACGAAGAAAGUCUCACCCAAGGCCGUGACAUUCUGAAGACCGCGCCUGAGGAUGAGACCAAGAAAUGGCUAUCAAAGACUGGCACGGAUUGGUCGGGCGCCUUCGGCGACGAUCCUGCAAACUACGUCGAUGAACGAGGGAAGAAGCGCCGCGAACCCGCCGCUGAGCAGCCUCCGAAUGAUGACAACGACGACGACGACGAUGAAGACGAUGACGACGACAGCGACAGUGACCUCGGUAUCCAAGACGCCACACACAAGCGCCGCUCAGACGAUGCACGCAAGUCCAUCGGCACCAUGAACUCCGGCUGGACGGCCGGCACCAAUGACACCAUCGACACGCUCUCGCCCAAAGAAGUCAACCGACAAAACCGCAACACCGAACACCGCAAGCACCGUGGCGUGAUGCAGUGGAAACCCGUGCGUAACCUCAAAUUCGCCAAGGACCAGAGCAUCAUCGGCGCGCGGAAGCUCAAGGGCAAGAUCACGGGCGGCUUGGAUGGUCGGCAGCCAGGUGUCGAGACCGAGACGGGCACUUGAUUUUCCUGGUUUCGCUCUGGCGGGGGGUUAUCGUGCUAUCUGGUGGAUUGUACCGUGUGUUUUUGUCUUGCCUUGCCCUGCGUGAUAUUGUUUGUUUGACGAACUCAUGAUGAGAAGCGAAACUUAUGAAUGAUGAAUAUGAAUGUUAUUCUGCCUAUCACAUGUUGAUUUGUAACGGGUACCUCACAGUGCUGGGUGAAAAGCACGCUGAAAAGUGUUGUCUCCGUCUAAGACGUGAUCUGGUGCUUUUUACUGCUACAACCCACAACUGCUUCUGCUUCGCAGCGCCAGGCCCACCUCGCAACCCGAACUCC